AAAUAUUUUAAAUAUCUAUGUUACGUAUGAAUACUAAUACUAAAAUGACCGUUGGGACGAAAAACGCAACUGCUUUUCAACAUUUCGCAAACGCAACCAUCAUCAUCAAACGUUCCACACAGGAAAAUAGAGAGUGGCAGUGAGACUGGCAAGGGCAUCAAGCCGAGGCAAACUAGUGAACCAUAGUCGACAACACAAACGAGGCGACCAAACAAAAAAAGGCACCGCUUAGAAGCAAAAAUCACAUUUUGUCAGUCAUAUUUGUGUCGACAUGGCCGCAAUAUCACGACACGGCCGACCGGGGAGCAAAAAAGUAUGGUGCUUGUCACCGAUCAAUUUGCUCAUCUGCUUCAUGUUGGUGAUGGGAUUGGUGUAUGUGCAAGUAUCCGUGUGGAUGCUCAGCGGAUCGUUUUCGCCUAAAUCAUCCAACAGCAAUAGUGGCCAUUCCCCGAACGAGGUGCAUCAACGACGGGUCAAGGAUGCAGAAGAACUGACAAAUUCACGCCAACACGAGCACGUACAAAAACAGAAACAACAACAAACAUUAUUAAAGCAACAUUACUCCGAUUGGCGAAAAUAUGCCGUCGAGCUUGCGGGGAAAUUUCCGGAAGAUAUCAUUCAGAUCCUAAGAACGGAAGAUCCCUUUGGGGUGCGAACCUUUGAAAAACGGCUCCUGGAAACAGAAUCGAGCCAGGGACGAUUUUUGACCCUGGAGGAACUCAAAGGCUUGUUCCCCUGCCCCGGAAACGAAGGAGAGCGGAUCACCCUGCCCGACCAGAGGAACCACGACAAGGCCCAAGCCUUUCGAAAUGGAACGGAACCCUAUUUUCUUUUUUUCCAACACCUGCGAAAGGCCGGGGGGACGAAUUUUUGCACCCUGGCCACGAAGAACUUCGAGAAAAAGAACCUCCCGAAGUAUUAUUGCAGUACGUACAAAAUACGAUGUGUUUUGCUGGCGAAGCAUUCUUGUGUAUUGCAUGUGUUUUAGUGUGUUAGAGAGAGCCCCGAUUCUGAUGGGAUUCGUUUUCUUUUUUCUUGCGUUGCUUCUGGACAAUUCAUCGAUACAAUCCAUAUGGACAAAAAAUUAACCAACUGAAGUGCCCGACUACCAUUGGGACAUGACUCCUCCGCGAGGCGCGGGUUACCUUACGCGAUACAAAAAUUCAGAAAUUAUUCAGCACAUGAAAGAAAAUCAGCACAAAAUUGCCGGAAACGAAUGGGAUCCCUUUGAUCACAGUCGCUUCUUUGAUCUUCCCGCUGCCUUUGCUACUUCUUUCCGGCGCCCACUAGAUAGAGCCCUCUCGCAAUUUCGGUUCGAGUGCAUCGAAAACCGAGGAUGCAAGAUCAAAAACGUUACUAAGUGGUGGAACAAACGAAGGGAUCUGACCGACGUUUAUACCUGGACCUUUUCCAAUGACGGUAUCCGAAAGAUGUUCAUUGGGCAUGACAAAGAAAGCUCAGAAAAACGGCAGGAACUCCUUGGAACAGCCCUCGACACGGUCGCCAAAUUCAAUCUAGUGAUGGUAAUGGAAUGGCUUGCCUACGCACCCCAGCACGUCAAAGACGUCCUGGGCUUCCAAAACACAGCAACUCUUACCGAACGAGUCCGGCCACACAUCGGACAGGCCAAGCGUCACGAUGGGCAGGAACACAACUCGCUCGGAGCGGCGGGCAUUGCCAAAGCCAGCUGGACGCCCGAGGAUUAUCUCCCCCCGGACCUGUACGAGAUCAUGAGCCGAGACCUAGCCCUCGACGAGAUUUUGACAGAUGCCGCCCGACGGAUCUUUCUUGAAAGGCUCGUCUGCAGCGAUGUUCAUCGCUUUGAUUGAAGAAAACGAAUGAUAGCGGAAGCGAAACGAGUGGACAUGGAACGCAAUGCGAUGUUUGCAUACUACUUAUUCCAUUUGACUUCCGUAAAUAUAGUACCCCGGCAAGA